AUGUCCACUCCCCACGAAAGCCCGUCGCCGACGCCGCCGGCCACGAUAAACCAGAGCAAAGCUGGCGAUCCGACUUUGAAAUGGUCGUGCUCUGCCUGUCGGCAGUCGAAGCGGCGCUGCGAUAAAGUGUAUCCCGAGUGUACGCUCUGCACUCAGAAGAAUUUACCAUGUAAUUACCCAGGCCGGCGAAAAAGGCAAAAGCUCAAGGACCGCAUCAAGGCGGCUUCAUCGGCAAGCAAAUCCGCCGUCAACCCGCCUUCAACUGAGAUCACCAAGAAAAACCAUCAAGACGUAGAGCGGCUGCCAUUCCCUUCUGGCAACACAAGCUUCAUCGCGGAACGCUUUCUCGACCCCGAUGUCUUUUCUCGAGCGCACUUGACAGUCAUCAAUGUCGAGGUACCGGUAACCGACGACAUUGCUCAGCUUGUGGGCAGCGUGAUGGACAUUCAGGCUACAUCAGCUCAGUUCUUCAAGUCGGUUCACACAUGGAUGCCGAUUAUCUCGAAGCCGCACUUUUGUGCAAAUCUGCUGAAUCGCUUGACGUACCAGAGAGCCGAGUUGUUCCUGCUUGUGCUUUCCAUGAAGCUAUGCUGCGCUCGCCAGAAGACUUGGAACACACCCUUGUAUGAGACGGUGAAACUGUUGCACUUCAAGAUUGAGACUUCGGGGGUCUUGUCUGUUCUUGUGUUGCAGGCUGCUAUACUGAUUGCGCUGUAUGAGCUGGGACACGCCGUUUACCCGGCAGCUUUUCUCUCGUUGGGAUCGUGUGCUCGGUAUGCGACUGCGUUGGGCAUCGACAAGACUGUGCUUUUGUCGACUGCGGGAAAGACUCAUUGGAUCGAGGAAGAAGAACGCCGUCGCAUUUGGUGGGCGAUAUUGGUUCUCGACAGAUAUCUCAACUUGAGCGAUCCCAAACGGCAUCUGAUUACGCCAGAUGCGGAUAUUGAAAGCUACCUGCCCGUCGACGAUGAGGCAUGGGAGACGGGAGUGCCUGACUCUCACCAUAUAUAUACCCUAGCUACAGCCAACAGCUAUCAUCUAGGCCUUUUUGCGCGAUUCGCCCAAGCCGCGCACUUGCUCAGCAAAGUCCUCCAUCAGGUAUCCGAACAAUCCAAUGAAACUGCUCAGUUGCGGCGCACCAUCUUUGCGCUCGUCAAUGUGUCCAAGAUUGAGGCAUCAAUGAGACGGUUGGAGUAUUGUAGUCAAACAUCAAUAUGUUAUAGUGGUGUCCUCUUGCUCGACGCCUCCUACAUGGACAAGGACACAGAUCAUUCUGGCACGCGUCUCUCUCCUGAAAGCGCUCACAUCUCGCAAGUGACGCUCGACAUGGCAUUAUCUUUCGUUCAAGGAGACGCGGAAGCAAUAUGCGCCAUUGUCAGUCCGUUCCUGAUUCACCUGCUGUACCGCGUGGCCUCCAUACACUUGAGGAUAGCGCACGAGUCGCCGACAACAGCCGCUCUGGAGAAGAUUGAGCUCUUGAAGAAGGCAAUGAGGAUUGUUGGGAGCCGGUGGCUUUGUGCUUGUAAGUAUCUCUCGCUGUUGGAAAAGCAAGAAAUUUUGCUCGUCAUGCAAUGA